AGGGGGGCAAAAUGUUUUACUUUUCUUACAUAUUUUCAAAUGUAGGCUGCUUUUAGUUUGCUAAUAUGUUGUGCUUUAGUGAAACCUAAAACUAUCCUUGCGCGGGGACAGAAACUUUAUAUCUCUGUUGAAAUGGGUGCUGCAGACUGAACUGGCAAACGACAGCCCCGGGGCAGGUCCUGCCAUUGCGUCGCCAAGAGUCCGGAGGCUGAGGUUUGUGUGGACAUUUCUGGGAAAGCCUCCAGCACUCAGUUUUGCCAAGGAGAACCUGGGCAGAAGCACAGGCGCGUUUUCCUGUACAGACUCAGCGCAGGUUUCCAGCGAGGUUCAGACUGUGCGAAUUUCUUGCAUUUUGUCGGAGGUUCCCCCUUCCUGCGCCCAGAAGAUCAACCCAGCGUUUAGUGGAGAUAAACAAUGCCCGAGGAUUAUUUGGAUAAAUUAAGUUAUUAGGAUGUAAACGUAAGCGUGAGUGUAUUUUGGAGUCCAAAACUUUUCGCCGAAAGACUUUAUUCGUUUUCUUUGGGGGCUGAGGAAUUGUUUCAAAGUUGUGGAUGUUUGUGUAACAGAGAUUAUCUAGGCUAUACUUCUAAACUCCUUGGAUUAUACUUGUAAACGGAAGUGAUGCUGAGAUGAAGUUCUGGAUAUAACUAUUUACGCACAACAAACUCUUCUCUUAUUCGCCUUGUCUGUCACUGAGGUGGAUUUCCUUAGCAGAAGGCACUUUCUGGAGCCGACCGCUGUUUAUUAUUAUGUGCCGAUCCUGCUGUAUGUACACUGUAUAUCUUCAUCUGCAAUUAAUUGAUUAAACGUCAAAUGCACUAAAGACGCGUCAGGAUCACGGCUCCACCACUGGAUCGUUAGCUUUCCCUCAGUGAGUGUUUAGCCUACUUUAUCUGACAUCUCGCCAGAAUGCAGAGGGCUUUUGUUCUCAGUUUAGCUUUGAUAUAUCUGCUAACCUGGACAGGCGAAGCAGACAAACAGACUCACCUCAAGCGGGUGCAGUUUCAAAGACGCGCAAGACAGGGACGUGCCCAGCUGGGCGCAACGGACAAGGAGAGUCUAGUCGGACGUUUUCGCCCCGGGUUUGGCUCGGCAAUCUCGGUGCACAGCUCCAGGAACGGGGAAGGUGUGCAGGCUGACGAGGUUGUUCCAGUUUCCGCCAGGACAGGCACUGUGCAGGAAAAGAGAGCAGGAGGUGGCGUUCCUGUGCCAAGUAGAGGGGUGGCCGGACAGAUUGGCUUACCUCCUCAACCCAACACGCUGCAAGAUGAGGGCACUCCAGGAGCGAGAGCCAGGGUCGCCCGGAUGCCCAGCAGCGCCGGGUCACCAAAUCUGCUGGCCAGUUUCGCGGGGAAGAACCGCGUCCUGGUGAUCUCGGCGCCCCAUGAUUCAGACGGAUAUUUCCGACUGAUGAUGUCUCUUCUGAAACCAGAUGUGUACUGCGAGCUCGCCGAGCGACAUGUCCACCAGGUUGUCAUGUUUCAUCAGGAGGGAGAGAUGGGGGGCAAGGUGAGGAGGAUCACCACAGAGGGGAAGGUUAUGGAGGAGCCUCUGGACACAGCACUCAUCCCCAGACUCAUGAGCUUCCUUAAACUGGAGAAAGGUAAGUUUGGGAUGGUGUUGCUGAAGAAGACCCUGCAGGUGGAAGAGCGGUACCCCUACCCGGUGAGGCUGGAGGCCAUGUAUGAGGUGAUUGACCAGUCACCCAUGAGGAAGCUGGAGAAGCUCAGACAGAAAGGCUUCGUCCAGAAGUGUAGAGAAGCAGGUGUGGAGGGCCAGGUGGAGGAAGGCACACUCACAGUAGAUACACCAGUAGAAAGAAAACCAGGGAAGAAGAUCUUCAGAAAGCCCACAACAACAACCACAGCUGCCACCACCACAACGACAACUAUGCGACCAACCACGACUACAACUACUACAACCCGGCCCCCCACUACCACCACCACAACCAGAGCAACAACAACAACAACAACAACAACAACCACCAAACCCGCCAUAAGAAGAACCACUACAACCACCACGAAACGACCCACCACCACCACAACUACCACUACCCAGAGAUCAACCAGAUCCCCUACCACAGCCCAAUGGCUCCCAGCCCCCAGAACCACUGCUGAUCCUUAUUACUAUAACCGCAGAGAGAGGGAGAGGUACCCGGCUAAAACCACCCCGGCUGGAGAUAACCGCACUGACAAGGACAACAGAGAUCCGCACAGCCGCAAGCUGGUACCUGCCACACAUAAACCCUCCAAGAUCAAACCCACUAAGAGGAAGAACGGCGGAGAGAAGGUGUUGACUAAUGAGUACGAGGACAAGUUUGUAGCCGGCAAACCAACAGUCAGUGAUCCAGGGGAGACAGAAACCUUCACUGACAUCAGUCCAACCAAGAAGGUGAAGGGCAAGCACGACAAGAAGAAGAAAAAGAAUGACAAGGCUGCCAAGAAAGCGGACAGGAGAGGAGUAAAAAUCGGGGGAAAGAAAAAUGGAAAGAAGCUGUUAAAGUACCCUGAGAAAGAGGACUUCCCAAAGCCCACUAAGAAGCCAACACCCCCACCAAAAGGAUCUCUGGCCUCCUUCUUGGACUACUUUGAGAACAGGAGGCGGCUGCUGCUGAUUACAUCCCCCAGUGAGGAGAACAGUAUGUAUGUUCAGCAGAGGGACGAGUACCUCGAGUCUGUGUGUGAAAUGGCCAUCAGGAAAGUUUCCAUCAUCACCAUCUUUGGCUCCCUGACCAACUCCACCAUGAAAAUUGACCAUUACCAGCUGGAAAAUGACAAGCCUAUGAAGGGUCUUCGUCAGGAGGACUUAGUGAACCAGGAUCUGAUCACAGAGCUGAGGAAAGAGUUUAGCAUGACACAUGAUGACUUCUACAUGGUCCUCACUGACGGCGACAUGAAAGUCAAGCAAGCCUAUGAGGUUCCCAUCGCCAUGAAGGCCGUAUUUGACAUUGACACCUUCUCCUCCCGCAUCCGAGAGAUGGAGCAGCAGAAGAGAGACGGGGUUGUCUGUAAGAAAGAGGACAAGCCCAGAUCAUUGGAGAAUUUCCUUUCCAGGUUCCGUUGGAGACGUCGCCUGUUCAUCAUCUCUGCCCCCAACGACGAGGAGUGGGCCUAUCAGCAGCAGCUCUACGCCCUGACCAGCCAGGCCUGCAACCUUGGUCUGAGGCACAUCGCCAUUCUGAAGUUGGUCGGUACGGAGCUGGUGGAUAUGGGCGGAGUGUUGGAACUCUAUCCCAUCAAUGGGAGUGCUACUGUGGAGCGUGAAGGGCUGUCAGCCACCCUGGUGAAGGACAUGAGGAACUACUUUCAGAUCAGCCCAGAAUACUUCUCCAUGCUGCUAGUAGGGAAGGACGGCAAUGUAAAGUCCUGGUAUCCUUCACCCAUGUGGUCCAUGGCUAUUAUCUAUGACCUGGUAGACUCUAUGCAGCUUCGCAGACAAGAAAUGGCCAUCCAGCAGUCACUGGGCAUGCGCUGUCCUGAGGACGAGUAUGGUGGUUAUGGCUACCAUCAGCAUGGAUACGAACAUGGCUACCAGGACGGCUAUCACCAGGGCUAUUCUUACUAACUCCGCCCUCUGCCUUGCAGCUGGUGCUUGGCAGUAUCAGCCCUCUUCCAUUCACCCAUAACCUUUUUUAAUCUCUCCUACAAUCCUCCACCAGGCAGUUAGCUCAAACGGAGUGAGGUCCUUGAAUGUUUUGUAGCACUUAGUGAAAGCCUCAAAACGGUUGCUUUCACCUAUCCAGUUCUUUGAUAUAUAUAUAGCAUAGUAUGCUGCAAGUAAUGGUAAUUUGCAAGGGGCUUUAAUCAGAGCUGGUUAGUCAAUAAAUGUGUAGAUUAGCCUGGAUGUUCAGGGAUCUCUUAUGUACUUAGUUUUUGUUUAAUGGAUUUGUCUUUUCUGACUUCAAACAAAGAGUGUUUUGCACGUUAUUAGGUGUCUCCUUCACUUGCAUUCCAGAUCAAAUUUACAUAUCUGUGUUAUGAGAACAAACCUUUAUUUUGUAGAUAAUGGGCUAAAAGAAGACAUUUGUAUUUAUUGGACAUCUGUUGCAUUUGAGGUGCAUUUAUUGAUUAUUUUAUGAAAAUAAACUGUCUGAUUAUUUCUCUUUUGUAAAGUUUCUGUUGCUAUACAAUGUUCUUAUUUAUACUCUAUUGUACAAUAUGAUAAAUAAACAGUUGUUUAUUACCAGUAA